AUGGACUUUUCCUACAUUUCGAAUUCAUCUUUUUCCUCCAUCAGUUCGCCAGAGACUGCAAUGGAAGAAUAUGAGCAAUACAACACUGUGCUCAUGCCCAGCAUCUUCGGUGUCAUCUGUUUCUUUGGGAUCCUUGGAAACUGCAUUGUAAUCUACACCAUUGUGAAGAAAACCAAGUUCUGCUCCCAGCAAACAGUCCCAGACAUAUUUAUCUUCAGCUUGUCCGUUGCAGACCUCCUCUUUCUCCUCGGCAUGCCUUUUCUCAUCCACCAGCUUGUGGGCAAUGGCUCCUGGUGCUUUGGCGGCACCAUGUGCACCGUCAUCACAGCUCUCGAUUCCAACAGCCAGAUUGUCAGUACGUACAUCCUGACUGUGAUGACUCUGGAUCGCUACCUGGCCACCGUCCAUCCCAUCCGCUUCAAACAUGUUCGCACCCCCUUCGUGGCUGGGUCGGCGGUAGCUCUGGUGUGGGUCUUCUCUCUGGUCUCCAUCACUCCCGUCUGGAUGUACACAGGACUCAUGCCUCUCAAGGAUGGCUCAGUCGGCUGCGCCCUCCUGCUGCCCAACCCAGCCACAGAUACAUACUGGUUCACCCUCUACCAGUUCUUCCUGGCCUUUGCUCUGCCUUGGGUGGUCAUCUGUUGGGUCUUCUUCAAGAUUCUCCAAAACAUGUCAGCUACAGUUGCCCCACUGCCCCAGCACAGCCUGAGGGUGCGGACGAGAAAAGUGACCCGUAUGGCGGUGGCCAUAUGCCUGGCGUUCUUCACUUGCUGGGCCCCCUACUACAUCUUGCAGCUGGCCCACCUCGGCGUACAGCGGCCCUCCUUUGCCUUCCUGUAUGCCUACAACAUCGCCAUCAGCUUGGGCUAUGCCAACAGCUGCAUCAACCCGUUUAUCUACAUUGUAUUAAGUGAAACAUUUAAGAGGCAGUUCAUUGUGGCCAUUCGACCAUCCCACAGGGUUUUCAAAGUUGCUCCCGCUCUGGCCGACGGCAGCGUGAAUCUGAGGAUGGCACCAGACAGCCUUCAUCCGUCUCACUUGCACUCAUGUGUGGCUGUGGCCGUGCACUGA